GUAGAAGUAGUAAUAGUAGUGUUAUUGUUGGUAGAAGUAGUAAUAGUAGUGUUAUUGUUGGUAGAAGUAGUAAUAGCAGAGUUAUUGUUGGUAGAAGUAGUAGUUGUUAUUGUUGGUAGUAGAAGUAGUAAUAGUAGUGUUAUUGUUGGUAGAAGUAGUAGUUGUUAUUGCUGACAGUAGUAGUCAUAGUAGUGUUGUUAUUGCUGGUAGUAGUAGUGGUGGGGGUGUGAUUGCUGGUGGUGGCUCACUGGUAGAGGGAAACCUCAGUAAGUGAGAUUCAAUAGGCUAAGCGCGCAGGUGCUAACGAGGAAAUGAGUGAAACAAACGCAGAAUCAGGAAGCAGAAGAACAGAGAGAUUGAAACGCGGAAGAUCCCGUUUGGCCAAGUGAACCGCGCUGAGGUUAAGAGUGUCACAGGGCUUCCCCACCGCUACUGCACUGAGCAUCCUGGCAAACGUGACCAACUGGACUACAACUCAAGACUCUGUACUGUCACUGUGACGGACUUGACUUUAAAAUCCGAUGAUUGAUGUGUGGAAAACUGAAUACCGAUCGAUCCAUCGCGGUGUAAAAGUGCAGCACCAUCUCGGAUCAAGGGACGAAGAUUUUCCUCUUUUUAAAAAACAGUCCAUUAUCGAUGCCAAAAGAGAGGCGGAGGUCUCUGAAGGAGGCGUUGACCUGUAGCUCCUGUAGCUCCUCUCCUCUCAGCAGUGGGAAAGAGCGCCAGGGCCACUGCUCGUCCUCGCAGGUCUGUGAUGAGUGGCUGCCGAUGGCGAGCGCGCGCCCGGUGCCGCAGCUGACCUUGACGGCAGAGGAAGGCAGCGGCGCGCGGGAGCUCGUGUACGAGGAGGCGGAGGCGCUGAACGGAGGCGCACCGCUCCGCCGCAAACUCUCCACCUCGUCCGUGUCGUCCACCGGCUCGUCCGUGGGGUUAGAGGAGUCCGAAGACGACAUACUGAGCGACAACGAAACGAAGAGCAAAGGCAUUGUUACUUUGGAGCAUUUGGGAGACGGGGGAGAGCAGGCUAAACCCUGGUGGACGUUGAAGACCGUUGUCCAUUGGCAUGUUGUAGCCUCACAGAGAAAGCGGUUGUCUUGGGUUCAGUUAGCUGGCCAUAAAGGCAGCUUCAAAGCAGGAGAAGAGGGCACCAUCCUGAAGAAGUACGCUGAGAAUGAGAAGCUGUGUUUCGAGCGCUUAAGUGGAGAUGUGCUAGAACGAUUUGUACCAACCUACCGCGGGACGGUUGAGAGAGAUGGAGAGCUCUUCCUGCAGAUGAGUGACCUGCUGACCAAUUUCAGUGGGCCAAACGUCAUGGACUGCAAGAUUGGAGUGAGAACAUAUCUGGAGGAAGAGCUGGUGCGAGCCAGGGAGAAGCCCAAGCUGCGCAGGGAUUUGUAUAACAAAAUGCUGGAGGUGGACAGCGAGGCUCCCACAGCCGAAGAACACAAGCAGCAGGCUGUGACCAAGCUACGUUACAUGCAGUGGAGGGAGACUAUCAGCUCCACCAGCACUUUGGGCUUCCGCAUUGAGGGCAUCAAGAAAGCAGAUGGAACCUGCCGCACAGACUUUAAGAAGACUCACUUAAGGGAAGAAGUCACACAGGUGUUCAAGGACUUUGUCAGCGGGAAUGGAAAAAUAAUUAGCUCCUACAUUAGGAGGCUGGAGGAUAUCAAACAGACCCUGAAGGCUUCAGACUUCUUCAUGAAACAUGAGGUCAUUGGGAGUUCAAUGCUGUUUAUCCACGACCACACGGAGCGAGCUGAAAUUUGGCUCAUCGAUUUUGGUAAGACCACGGCUCUCCCUGAUGGACAGAGGCUGGAUCACGAUAAACCCUGGCAUGAGGGCAACCGAGAAGAUGGAUACUUAUGGGGCCUUGACAACCUGUUGCACACCCUCAACUCACUGCCAGCACAGUGCUCGUAAUGAACUUAAACACGGACCCUUUUACAUCGUGCCAUGGGGAAAUAUGUGAUAAUCCUUUCAUUUGCAGUAUAAAAUCACUUCUGCUCUCGUGACGCUCUAGCUUCUGGGCUGUUUUUCACCCAGCAUUUCUCUCAUGAGUAACUGUCCAAGAGAGCAUAAUUUAAUUCAGUGCCUCAUGUUCCUAGCUAAUAAACUUGGAGAAUUUACAGAACACACUGACAUCAAUUAGUACCCCGUGUUUGUCAGCAGCCUCAAUUUAAAUAACCAUACAACCAUAGUGAAGACAGUUAUUACGCUACUGCACUCUCAGUACACAAUUUACCAUGUACUAUUACUGAAAGUUCAUUACCAACAAUUUAUCAGAAAAAAAGAAGAAGCGAAUUGCGUUACUAAAUGCUUAGAUAUGAGCAUUUAUGAUGCGUUUUAUGAUGAUUAGUCAAUGCUAAUGUGUACAAGACAGAUAUAUACUGUACUAUUCCUAACAGAGGAUAAGAAACACAUUUAAGGCAGAGUCUAUUAUGUGUCCAGAGCAUAAGCAAGAAAUUAUCACAAGACAUCCACCCACACCUGGGGGUGGCUCACCAGAUUUAGCUGCCACACUCACUUGCUUUCUCUUUAGCCUUAUCUUAAGUGCUGUGAUCAUGCUUUGUUUCUCACUUCAAGGUGUUGGGGAAUGACUCACUUGUUUGUGCUGUGCCUUUGCUUUUAGUGCAAACGAAGACUUGCCGAUUCAGUGAUUACUGGUGUAAUGGCAAGCGUGCAUUGGUUUAAUGCAGGUUAUGACUCAUGAGCAAAGUGAACCAACACUCUUGGAAAUAGGAAAGCACAGCAGGAACCGUAGUCAUCUGUUCCACAGUGCAGUUGCGUGUAUUGUGAAAUGGCUGUGCAGAAUAACUACAUACAUGUGCCAUUAAUGAAGCGACUGCAGUCAUCAUUUUCAGUACCUAUUAUUAUGUGUGGCCCCUCUGAUUGUAUUUGCACCACAAGGGCAGAACUACUUUCCAAGCUGUUUUCCUCUCCUUGUUCUUUCAAAUUAGGCAGCGUUCACAAUUAAAGCUCUAUGUUUGUAACCAGAAUGUUGAGUUACGAUCCCAGGACUGCCAGAGAGCAGCUGUUGGAUCCUUGAGCAAGGCACCUUCAACUCCUGGUUGUUUUACAUGUAAGCCACUUGGUUAAAAGCGUGCGGCCCAAAAUGAAAUCACCAAUCUAAACAAAUUGUAAGGCACUUUACCGUGUCUCUCUUAUGUGUUUUUCCCCCCACUUAAGCUUUUUGUUCUCUGUCACAUCCUGUGUUAUUUCUUAAUGUGGGACUGUCCACUAAUAUCCAUUCCCUUUGUUGAAACUUUAAAAUCGUGUCUGGGUUUACGAGGGUCUGUGGGUUUUAAGCAUGUUUAAACCCCUGAUCAUUUUUAGAGACUUUCCUACUUGAAUAUCACUAGUAUGCAAUUAAUCAGUGUAUAUACUAACUGCUAUGUUUCUGAUUAUUUUUAGAGCUUGUCUUGUGGCAAAAAGUGGGAUUUUAACGGAGAUUUUUCUUGUGGAUUGGUUAAUGGCUUUAUUGUAUUUUUAAUGGUGUUAAGCAUUAAGUGUAAGGACAUGGGCUGCAGUUUGCAUAUCUAUCUUUCUUUAAAAGUAUUUUCCAUGUCAGAUCGGACAAAUUUUUACCUUCAAACACUAUUGUUUUUAGGGACAAGGUGACAGUAUUUGUUGUCACUGGAUGAACACAUGUGAGAUGUUCUCAUAAUAAAUAUCUUUAAAAUUAA